ACCUAUCACGUCCAAUCCACCAUGGCAAAAUAUUCAGUGAAACCUUUUUCAACUCUUCUCUUUAUUCUCAUGACAAUCUUUAUUGUAGAGGCAACUACCAAUGUUACCUCUGCCAAAAGAAAUUCUGGCCUACUCUGUAUCGAAAGUGAAAAGCAAGCACUUCUGAAUUUCAAGCAAGACCUUAUCGAUCCUUUGAACAGGCUAAGUUCUUGGGUUGUCGACGGAGAUGACUGCUGCAAAUGGACUGGAAUUGUUUGUGACAAUAUCACAGGCCAUGUCAAGCAACUCCGACUUGAUAACACCCACGUGAGUUUUGUUGAUCUAGUAUUUACAGGUAACCUGAAUGGUGCAUUCAGGGGUAAGGUAAAUCCUUCUUUGCUCAAUCUAACGAAAUUAUCUUACUUAGACUUGAGCUACAAUGAUUUUGGGGGCACUCCAAUUCCUAGUUUCAUUGGUUGUUUGCUGAAUUUACAAUAUUUAAACCUUACCAGAGCAGGAUUUGAAGGAAAGAUCCCCCACCAGCUAGGGAAUCUUUCAAGUUUGAUUCAUCUUAUUCUUGAAAAUAAUAAUGGCUUUUACUACAGUCAUGGAAGAUUAUAUGCCGAUAACCUUUUUUGGCUCUCUGGUCUUUCUUCACUGGAAUAUCUGAAGAUAUCAGAGACGGACCUUAGUGAAGCAUCUGAUUGGCUACUCUCAAUAAGCAAACUCCCUUCUUUGUUGAAAUUGCAAUUGUUCUCAUGUGAACUCGACCAUAUCCCUCCCAUCUCUUAUGUUAAUUUUACAUUUCUCGAGUCUCUUAGUUUAUCAUACAACCGAAUUCAAUUUUCAGUGCCAAAUUGGAUUUGCAAUCUCAGUAGUCUUGCCGUUCUUAAUCUAGCAGAAAAUUCUUUUGAAGGUCCUUUUCCCAAUUGUUCUCAGAGCUUAUCUUCUCUAUACUACCUCGAUGUUUCCAAUAACAAUCUUAAUUCAUUACCAAAUUGGCUUCUCAGUCUUCAAAGCAUGACCCAUCUUGGACUUAGUGGAAACGAUUUUGACGCUUCCAUUACAUGUCACUUCCAUAACAUGAGCUUUCUAAAAUAUCUUGACGUAUCUGAGAAUCACUUCAAUUCUACGAUCCCCAACUGCCUUUAUAGUCUCAAAAGUCUUGAACAUUUGGAUCUUCACUCAAAUAAUUUGCACGGAGUCCUAUCAAGUGCCAUUACAAAUUUUACUUCUAUAGUUUCUCUUGAUUUUUCAAAUAAUUCUCUAGAAGGAAACAUACCACCAUCUAUGGGAACCUUGUGCAAUUUGGAAAGUAUUGGUUUGUCGGGAAACAAAUUAAAGGGAGGACUCUCAAAAGUCCUUCAGUAUUUGUCAGGUUGCAACCCAAACAGAGUCAAAUAUUUAUCUUUGAGAAACAAUAUGCUUUCAGGAUCUCUUCCAGAAAGCUUUGGAUGCCUUUCUAGCUUACACGUUGUUGAUAUUACUGACAAUCUUUUGAAAGGUGUGGUCACGGAAGUUCACUUUUCCAAUUUGACAAACUUGUGGGAUAUAUAUGCUUCUGGAAAUUCAUUAACGUUGAAAGUUAGCCCUGAUUGGAUUCCACCCUUUAAUCUUACAACGUUGGACUUCAGGUCUUGGGGCCUAGGUCCCAUGUUUCCCAAUUGGCUCAAAUCACAAAAGCAGAUUAAAUAUCUAGACUUGUCCCAAACUGGGAUUUCAGAUGUCGCUCCUAGUUGGUUUUGGAAAUUAUCAGCUAGUGCAACAAUAUUGAAUGUCUCCCAUAACCAAAUUAGAGGAGAAGUUUCCGAUAUGUCUAGCGUAUCCAUAGUAUACAUGAGUUCGAAUAAGUUUGAGGGUUCCUUGCCUCGUAUAUCUUCUUCUGUACAAGAACUAUAUCUUUCCAACAAUUCAUUUUCCAGUGGUCUUUCUCAACUUUUGUGUGGACAACCAGUUGGUGUCGCCAACGAAUUGAUUAUUCUUCAUCUUGGAGGCAAUAAAUUAUCAGGCAACAUUCCUGAUUGUUGGUUGUACUGGUCGAAUUUGAAGGUGAUAAAUCUAGACAAUAAUUAUUUGACUGGGCGAAUUCCAAGCUCCAUGGGAUCUUUGCAAAACUUGCAGUCCUUGCACAUUCGCAAUAAUCGCCUUUUUGGAGACAUACAUAUUUUGGACAUUGCUCGCAAUAAUUUAUCGGGAACCAUACCAAGUUGUUUUGACAAAUUUCAAGCCAUGGUAACUAGACCAAAUUCAAGCCGCUUUAUCUCGUACUCAUCCUAUUUGGGUUCAUUCUCUGAGUAUGGAUUUGUGGUGAGCAAAGGAAGGGAAAAUGAAUUCAAUUCAAUCCUGAAAUUGGUGACUAGCCUAGACCUUUCUGAUAACAAACUAUCAGGAAAAUUUCCAGUGCAACUUACAAGUCUUCAAGGAUUAUAUUUUUUAAACCUUUCAAGAAAUUUUCUCGUAGGAAGUAUUCCUGAUGAAAUAAAAAAUAUGAAGAUGUUGGAAUCUUUUGAUGUCUCAUUGAACCAACUAUCUGGUAACAUUCCUCCCGGUAUGUCAAGUUUAACCUUCUUGAAUCACUUGAAUUUGUCAUACAACAACUUUUCAGGAGAAAUUCCUUCAAGCACCCAACUACAGAGCAUGGAAGCUUCAAGCUUUUUUGGCAACCAGCUUUGCGGACUUCCACUCCCAAAAAAGUGCAAAGAAGAUCAUGAAGCUACUCCUAGAGAUGCAAGUACUGAAGAUGAUGAAGAAGAAAAGUACUGGUUUCGAUUGGGCAUAGUGGUCGGAUUUGGAGUUGGCUUUGCAGGUGUCAUUGUUCCUUUGUUGGUCUGUGGUAUCUGGAGACGUGCUUACUUUUGGUUCUUCAACGAGUACAUGUGGUAUAAGAUUAUGGAUUGCUUUAUCAAAGUAAAGUAUAUGCUACGAAAUUAGAAUUCCAAUCAUAACUGUAUUGUGGCUAAUGGAUUGGCUAAGCAUAUCAUUUGAAUAGACAAUGAGUUAUCUUGCUUGGAA